AUGAUAGUGAUGAUAAUGGUCAAGAAAGACAACUUUACUUCUCUGUCUGGCUUGACAUAUCCACUCAUCAUAAUUCAAAGAUCAAGAACCCCUCCCUCCUCCUCCUCCUCUUUGGUCAUGGUCUUAUCUCUUCUUCUUUUAAUACUAUUGCUUCUGCCUCUUUGCCAUGCUGCAACUGUCUGCAAUCAAGAUGAUCAUGACUCUCUCUUGUUCUUCUCAUCCAAUUUAUCAUCUCUUUCUCCUCCUUUGAAUUGGGAUCCUUCCAUUGACUGCUGCCUCUGGGAAGGAGUUGAUUGCGAUGACACUGCAGAUGGUCGAGUAACCAGUCUCUCUCUACCUUUUAGAGACCUCAAUGGCACCCUCUCCCCAUCUCUUGCCAAGCUCACAAGUCUGACUCACCUCAAUCUUUCACAUAAUCGCCUGUAUGGUUCUCUACCAGUUGGAUUCUUCUCCUCUUUCAGCAGCCUCCAAGUUUUUGAUCUCAGCUACAACCGUCUCGUUGGUGAAUUACCACCCCUUGAUACUAAUAACCUUAUCUCUAUCAAGAUAUUGGACUUGUCUAGCAACCACUUCGAUGGGGAAUUAAGUCAAUCCAACUCAUUUAUCCAUGCAGCCUGGAAUUUGACUAGACUCAAUGUCAGCAAUAACAGCUUCACAGGCCAAAUUCCUUCCAACAUCUGCCAAAUUUCUUCGGGUUCCAUGACCCUCCUUGACUUCUCCAACAAUGAUUUCAGCGGGGACCUUGCUCCUGGAUUAGGGGAAUGUUCCAAACUCGAGAUAUUCCGUGCUGGUUUCAAUAAUCUCUCAGGGAUGAUUCCUGAUGAUCUUUACAAAGCAACCUCACUUUUACAUUUCUCAUUACCUGUCAACUACCUCUCUGGUCAAAUCAGUGAUGCUGUGGUCAAUCUCACUAGUCUCAAGGUUCUUGAGCUGUACUCCAAUCAGUUGUUUGGCAGGAUACCCAGGGAUAUAGGCAAGCUCUCCAAGUUGGAACAGUUGAUGCUUCACAUUAACACGCUCACAGGUCCUCUGCCUCCAUCUCUGAUGAACUGCACCAAUCUAGUAAAAUUGAAUCUGCGAGUCAAUUCCUUGGUAGGAAAUCUCUCCGACUUCGAGUUCUCCACACUCCGCAAGCUUAGCACCCUCGAUCUUGGUAACAACAACUUUACAGGUACCUUUCCCACAAGACUUUACUCAUGCACGUCACUAGUUGCAGUUAGACUUGCCAGUAAUCAGAUAGAGGGUCAGAUCUCACCUGACAUACUAGCUCUACAAUCUCUGUCUUUUCUGUCCAUUUCCGCCAACAACUUAACUAACAUUACUGGGGCUAUCCGAAUUCUGAUGGGUUGCAAGAACCUCACAACUGUCAUCCUCUCCAAUAAUACGAUGAGUGAAGGUAUACUAGACGAUGGAAAUACAUUAGACUCGACUGGAUUCCAAAAUCUCCAGGUUUUGGCUUUAGGUCGUUGCAGACUCUCUGGUCAAGUGCCUUCUUGGCUAGCCAAUAUCAGGAGCCUACAGGUCAUAGACCUGUCUUACAAUCAAAUCAGAGGUUCAAUUCCUGGUUGGCUGGGUAACCUGUCAAGCCUUUUCUACUUGGACUUGUCCAAUAACCUUCUUUCAGGAGAAUUUCCUUUGGAACUCACAGGAUUGCAAACUCUAACAUCGCAAGAGGCUAUUAAACAAGUGGAAGGAAGUUAUCUAGAGUUGCCCGUGUUUGUCAAGCCCACAAAUGCUACCAAUUUGCAGUACAAUCAGCUCUCUAGCCUGCCACCAGCUAUAUACCUUGGAAACAACAACCUCAGUGGCAAUAUCCCUGUACAGAUUGGCCGACUGAAGUUGCUUCAUGUGCUGGAUCUCAGUGAUAACAAAUUCUCUGGAAACAUUCCAGAUGAAUUAUCAAACCUCACUAACUUGGAGAAACUGGAUCUCUCAGGAAACAGCUUAUCUGGAGAAAUCCCCGCGUCACUCAAAGGUCUCCAUUUCCUGUCCUCAUUCAGCGUUGCCAAUAAUGAUCUUCGAGGACCUAUACCAUCUGGAAGUCAGUUUGAUACCUUCCCCAGUUCCAGCUUUAUAGGGAAUCAAUGGUUAUGUGGUCAGGUUUUGCAGCGAUCUUGCUCUAGUUCACCAGGAACCAACCAUACUUCGGCUCUUCAUAAAAGCACCAACAUAAAACUUGUCAUUGGACUUGUCAUCGGUAUCUGUUUUGGCACCGGUUUAUUUACCGCUGUGCUAGCACUGUGGAUAUUGUCCAAGAGAAGGAUCAUUCCUGGAGGGGACACUGACAACACUGAGUUGGAUACAAUUUCCAUCAACUCUGGAUUUCCUCCCGAAGGUGACAAGGAUGCCAGUUUAGUUGUGCUGUUCCCAAGUAAUACUAAUGAGAUCAAGGAUCUAACCAUAACUGAACUGUUGAAAGCCACUGAUGAUUUUAAUCAAGCAAACAUUGUCGGUUGUGGAGGUUUUGGUUUGGUGUAUAAGGCAACAUUAGGAGAUGGGAGCAAGCUGGCUGUCAAGAAACUCUCAGGAGACUUGGGUCUGAUGGAAAGAGAAUUCAGAGCUGAGGUAGAGGCUCUUUCCACAGCCCAACAUGAAAACCUGGUUUCCCUGCAAGGCUAUUGUGUGCACGAGGGAUGUCGCUUGCUUAUAUAUUCCUUCAUGGAAAAUGGGAGUUUGGAUUACUGGUUGCAUGAGAAGACUGAUGGUGCAUCCCAACUAGAUUGGCCAACUAGACUCAAGAUUGCAAGGGGAGCAGGUUGUGGUCUGGCUUACAUGCACCAGAUAUGUGAGCCUCAUAUAGUGCAUCGUGACAUCAAAUCCAGCAAUAUCCUCCUAGAUGAUAAGUUCGAAGCACAUGUAGCAGAUUUUGGAUUGUCCCGGUUGAUUCUUCCUUACCACACUCAUGUUACAACCGAGCUUGUUGGAACUCUGGGUUAUAUUCCUCCAGAGUAUGGGCAGGCAUGGGUAGCCACUUUGAGGGGAGAUAUAUACAGUUUUGGAGUUGUUAUGCUUGAACUGCUGACUGGGAAGAGGCCUAUGGAGGUAUUCAAGCCAAAGAUGUCAAGAGAAUUGGUUGGCUGGGUGCAGCAAUUGAGAAAUGAGGGUAAACAAGAAGAAGUCUUUGAUCCUCUCCUGAGAGGGAAGGGUUUUGAUGACGAGAUGCUGCAAGUACUAGAUGUGGCCUGCAUUUGCGUUAGCCAGAACCCUUUCAAGAGACCAACCAUCAAGGAAGUUGUUGAUUGGCUCAAGAAUGUUGGCUUACACAGAAACGAAAAUAAGGGUUAG